AUGCAGAGAACAUCAGCUUGGGCACUGCUCCUUCUGGCGCAGAUUGCCACUGCUCAGCAGACCGUCUGGGGACAAUGUGGUGGUAUCGGCUACUCUGGACCGACCAGCUGUGUUGCAGGAUCUUCUUGUAGCACCCAGAACUCUUACUACGCCCAAUGUCUCCCGGGCAGUGGAAACGGCGGUGGCGGUGCGGCAACCACGACCACGACUGCUGGACAAACCACCAAGACCACCAUGGCCACCACCACCACCACUUCAACCAAGACCUCAGCUGGUAGUGGCGGCAGCACAACUACUGCUCCUCCUGCUAGCAACAGUGGCAACCCCUUCAAGGGAUACCAGCCUUACGUGAACCCGUACUACGCUUCCGAGGUUCAGAGCCUGGCUAUUCCCUCUCUGGCAGCCUCUCUGGCGCCCAAGGCCAGCGCGGUGGCCAAGGUCCCAUCCUUCGUUUGGCUGGACACUGCUGCUAAGGUCCCUACUAUGGGCACUUACUUGGCAGACAUCAAGGCCAAGAACGCGGCUGGUGCUAACCCACCCAUUGCCGGUAUCUUUGUCGUUUACGAUCUUCCUGACCGUGACUGCGCUGCUCUUGCCAGUAACGGCGAGUACUCCAUCGCCAACGGCGGUGUUGCCAACUACAAGAAGUACAUUGACUCGAUCCGCGCUCAGCUUCUCAAGUACCCUGAUGUGCACACCAUCCUGGUCAUCGAACCCGACAGUCUCGCCAACCUGGUCACCAACAUGAACGUCGCCAAAUGCUCGGGUGCUCACGACGCCUACCUGGAGUGCACUGACUAUGCACUCAAGCAGCUCAACUUGCCCAACGUUGCCAUGUACCUUGAUGCCGGACACGCUGGCUGGCUUGGAUGGCCCGCCAACAUUGGACCCGCUGCCGACCUCUUCGCCAGUGUGUACAAGAAUGCCGGCUCUCCCGCCGCCGUCCGUGGAUUGGCCACCAACGUUGCCAACUACAACGCCUGGUCCAUCUCCACCUGCCCAUCUUACACUCAGGGUGACCAGAACUGUGACGAGAAGCGCUACAUCAACGCCCUCGCUCCUCUCCUCCGCGCGAACGGCUUCGACGCCCACUUCAUCAUGGACACCUCCCGUAACGGUGUUCAGCCCACUAAGCAACAAGCCUGGGGUGACUGGUGCAACGUCAUUGGCACUGGCUUCGGUACCCCCUUCACCACCGACACUGGUGAUGCUCUUCAGGACGCUUUCAUCUGGGUCAAGCCCGGUGGUGAGUGUGACGGUACCUCGGACACCUCCUCUCCUCGCUACGACGCCCACUGCGGAUACAGCGAUGCCCUCAAGCCGGCCCCCGAGGCUGGAACUUGGUUCCAAGCCUACUUCGAGCAGCUGCUCGUCAACGCCAACCCAAGCUUCUAA